GAGCCUGAGGACAGAUCAACAGCAAACAAAACUUGUUACCUCACUUCUUGAGCAGCAGCGGCUGACACAGUACUUGUCUUGACGCCGGCACUCUUCUCGCGUGAGUUUAGAAGACGCCACUGCGCACUGUGAAAUCCAAGAAGUCACAGACUUACAGUCCUCUGAUUCCGGGUGUGUACUGAGACAUGAAGAGUUCCAAGUGUGUUCUUGCUCUUCUGCUGCCUUUGCUUCUACUCGUUGCCUCGGCGUUUGGCUUCGACGAUGAUGGAGAGCUGCUGCUCCACUUCAAGCGCUCCGUCGUCUCCGACCCCCUCGCGACGCUUGAGGAUUGGAACUCCGACGAUGCCACGCCGUGCUCCUGGAACGGCGUCGCUUGCAUGGGGUUCCCCUGCUUAAGGAAUGCCACUGCGUCCGUCGCCUCCCGUGUCGUCUCUUUGAUUCUUCCUGAUUCCAGGCUCUCGGGACGAAUCCCGCCGGAGCUCGGCUUUCUGGAGCACCUCCGCCACCUCGACCUCUCUGGCAACGCGCUUAAUGGCACACUCCCGGCGUCCAUUCUCAACGCGUCUGAGUUGCGAGUCUUGUCGCUGGCUGACAACGAGAUUUCCGGGGAGUUCCCCGACCUCGAUGCCGGCCGGUUGAGUAACCUCCAAGUGCUUAAUCUCUCCGGCAACGCCUUGGAAGGCGAAAUGCCGGCCACCCUCGCCCUGCUUCCGAGCCUUACCGUUGUCUCCCUUGCAAAUAAUUACCUCUCCGGCGAGCUCACGGAUGGAGGAUUCGGCCAGGUUGAGUACUUGGACCUGAGCUCCAACCUCAUCAACGGCACGAUCCCGACGGGCUUCGGCGGGCGGUGGCUCCAGUACCUGAACUUAUCGCACAACCUGUUAACCGGCGAGAUCCCGCCGGCUUUGGCAUCGGUAAUUCCGCCGAACGCCACAGUGUGUUUGGCUUUCAACAACCUCACUGGAUCGGUUCCCCAGGAAGGAGCUUUCGCGUUGCAGAAGCCGGUAGCGUUCGCCGGGAAUCCGGGUCUCUGCGGCGCGCCACUCGAGAAUCUGUGCACGAUCCCUUCUACCUUCUUCUAUAAGCCGCCUGAUUCCGACACGGAAGCUCCACUUACAGCCAAGUCUCCUCCCGCCAUCGCCGUCCUUCCUAAGAACGCGGAAGGGAAUUCACCAACGAAUGGCGGGAAAGGGCAGGGCAGGCUCCGGCCCGCGGUAGUCAUUGCGAUAGCAGUCGGAGACAUGGCCGGAAUCGGCCUUAUUUUAGCAGUGUUCUUUUACGUGUACCAAGCGGAAAAGAAGAAAAGCGAACAGAGAAAAGAAACAAACCAUGAGAAGCAGCAACCGCCGGCGACUGAUCCCGAAUGCCACGUCUUCGGUGGAUUUCCAUGGUGUCUGACAAAGAAAGGGAAUGGAGAUAGCAGCGAUGAAACUUCCGGCGAGUCCUCGUCUGCGGAAACAGAAACAGAGGAAGAGCUUCACGGGGGGAGAGGGAGGGAGGACGGCAGCGAAGGAGGGACCCCGCCGCCACCGCGGCAGCUGAAGCCACAGAGAGCCACCCUCGUCACCGUCGACGGCGAACCGCAGCUGGAGCUCGAAACCCUGCUCAAGGCCUCAGCUUUCGUGAUCGGCGCCACCGGGUCGAGCAUCGUCUACAAGGCGGUGCUCGCCGAUGGCACCGCCCUCGCCGUGCGUCGCAUUGGCGAUGGCUGCACCCUCGACAGACUGAAGGACUUCGAGGCGCAGGUCCGCGGCCUCGCCAAAUUCCGCCACCCGAACCUACUUCGCCUCCGUGGCUUCUACUGGGGCGCCGACGAGAAGCUCCUAAUCCAUGACUUCGCCUCGAAGGGCAGCCUCGCCAACAUCUCAUUUACCAGUAAAUUUCUCCUUUUCCCCCUCGUAAAUACGGAUUUUAUUCAACGCUGUGUAAUUGUUUGUUUGUUGUUCUCAGAGAAGCCAGGCUCGUCGGUGUCGUCGCACCUGAACUGGGAAUCGCGGCUUCGGGUGGCGAGAGGACUGGCCAGGGGGCUCGCUUACCUUCACGAGAAGAAGGCCACCCAUGGCAACAUCAAGCUAAGCAACGUUCUCCUCGACUCAGAGAUGCAGCCGAAGAUCGCCGACUUCGGCCUGGACCACCUCAUCUCCGGCGACGGCGGCCCCCGACUGAGCGCGUCGGCGCGGCUCUUCGGAACCAAGCGGCCGGUGCAGUUGCAGAGCAGCAACUCGACGGAGCUUCCCUCGCCGGCGUCGUCGGGGGUCACCGAAGUCAGUCCUCGCGCAUCGACCUCCUCCACGGCGGCGGCGGCAUUGACUACGGCGGCCCGGUACCAGGCGCCGGAGCGGCUGAAGUACCUGAAGCCCAACGCGAAAUGGGACGUGUACUCCUUCGGGGCGCUGCUGCUUGAGUUGGUCGCCGGGAGGCCGCUUUCGGAGGCGGAGAUCGGGCAGGGGUCGGUGGGGUUCAUGGUGGAGGAGAGGAACCGGAUUCUAAGGAUGGCGGACCCGACAGUGAGGGGGGAGGUGGAGGGGAGGGAGGAGGCGUUGCUGAGCUGCUUCAAGCUGGGAUUCGCUUGCUGCGCGGUGGCGCCCCAUCGGAGGCCUUCCAUGAAGGAUGCGGUCCAGGUGUUGGAGAAGGCGGUGCUGGCCACCUCCGGCGUCUCCUCCACCGUCGGAUUAUAGCCGUGACGAAUUAAUUAAUCUUCUACAUUGUAAUGCCCAAUCACUUAUUCCAAUCGAACUAAGAAUAAUAGUGUUCCAGAAAUUAAUUGUCGUAC